AUGUAUACGCAGGUAGUUCGCCAAAAACACAAUGGACAAUCCAAUGACCCUACUGCUUCCAUUGCAGCUGCCUACCUGGUGCCUCCUCGGCAUGAUCUGUGGCGGACAGUGAGCGUGGACACCCUCGGCGAGCCGGCGAGAGACAGGACGACGCUGCAGCCUCUCCUGCGCCACACCAGCGUCGACAACCUCAGGCCCUCGACGAAGGUGUCCAACCUGAGCCCGCUCGGCCCUAACCCCCGCCAGAACAGUAUGAACACAGUGAGUAGCCUGAGUAACAUCAACUUGAGCAAUAACUGCGGAGGGAGCAAGGCGGCGCCGAGCUACCAGCCCCAGCCAGCGCACGGCCAGUCAGUCGAGAGCAUGAGCGGCUACAGCGACGGGGAGAGCCACGGCGACGGCAACGACAGCGACGUGUCCACGAGCACGCCCGACAAGGUCCCCGUGCUGCCGUCAGUCAGGAAAUUGGCUUCGAAGUUCGACGUCGCGAGCAGAGAGAGGGUCAAUGAUUUAGAUAAGCACGGGAAAGAUGGUUCUCUUGCAUUUAAUGGAAAGAAGAACAUCUUCAUCGAGAAAUCCUCCCCAACUGACCCGCCGUACAUCAGGAACCUCACCAACAACCUCAACAAGAGAACCGAGAAGACCUAUAACGUUAAGGAGGUUCACAGCCUAACGGCGCGCUGCGUUCCUCGGCGAUUCCGCGAGGGCUUGAAGGAGCACCCGGCGAACGGCCACAUGACCUCGAAGACGCAGCCCACCCACACUUGUCCCUCUCCCAGACGCGAUGCCCCUUCGCCCGAACACCUGGGCAUCCCUUGGGGUCCUGUAGCCAUCCCGGUCAGGCCCACACAGGUGCACGGGGACACAAGCGAUGACUCGUCUGCGCCCCCAGGUUCCCCGAGGCGCGUUCCCCGUCGGAGGAGCGGAGGACGUCGAGACACCCCUGGCUGGUACGCAAGACCCGAGUGCGGUUCCCUGACAGAUCCUGCGGUUCCAGUUGCUGCUGACAGUGUUUGCUAGACUGGAAUUAUUUCUUUUUUAAUGACUGUGCAGGUUACAUACGCAUACCUAUAUAUUUUACAAAAAAACACAUAAUGUUCAUGUCCUUAAAAUUAUUAAAAAACACAUUACAUUGAAAAAAUAAGCCCAUUCAAAGUUCUUGAUAAAGAAAGGCAUUCUUUUCCCUCGUAGAACCGCUUUUAUGUAUGAAGAUUCAUGAGAAAUCCUCACGACUGAUCUUAAGCGACCUCUCCCACUGCCUCUGCGAAACACUACAACUCGACGUCCCCAUGAGAGGUCCAGCCCAAGUGAUGUGCAAUUAUAUGCUGCCAUAGCCAUACAUAUCACCUUCACAUUCAUGAGAGAAGUUUAAAAAAAUAUCAACUCCCGUUUUUUUCUGAAUAUAAGUGGAUCAUAGGGUCAUUUAUAUUUGAAACAUGAAUAAUACAAAAAAUAUAAUGAAAUGCAACCAGUCAAAUCGGUAACGUGGUCGACAAUAAAAGAUUACUACUUUUUCACUAUUUUAGAAUUUGAGACAAUACUCUGUAGUGUUGCUAAAGGAGUAAUUAUAGUGAAAUAGCUAAAUACUUCAAGCUCCUGGACUUCAAGUGACUCUGCAUAAUAUUGAGUGUGAGGUGUGUAAAUAUAUGAAAGAAAAUCAUCACACGAUUUGGGUUACAUUGUUUUCUCCAGAAUUACUUACUCUGUAAACAUAAAAUCUUCUGUAUGAAGGUGUGUAUAUAUUUAAAAAUGUAUUUGAUACAAAAUGAAAUGUACUACAGCUAAUAUGUGUACCACAGCUAAUGCAAUUACUGUACUGAAUGUAGAGUUUUCAGUAGACAAGCUUAUGGUAUUGAAUAGAGGUGCCUCAUGUCAAGGGAUAACUGCUCUAUUAAAAUGAUACAAUUGAAACUUCACUUUAAGUACUGCAAUCUUUAACAUAAUCACCUGGUUCAGUUUAAAUUCUUGAUUGUCACUUCAGUAUGAAAAAUGGUAUGGAAAAUAUUUAAAUUUCUAGAUCAUAAGGUGAUUUGUGAUUGGCAACUGUGAUCAAACUCAGCAUGGUGGUAACAGAUAAUGUUUAUAUGAUGUUGAAUAGUGUGUACGUCUAUUUUUCAUAAACUGUGUACUUUAUGUAUGAAAAAGAUACCUUUGUUGAUAACUCUAAAUGUAAUGGUGCCUUUAUGGAGUAUAUUGUAACUAAAUGCCUUAUAUGUUAGUGAUUAUGUUGUAUUAUAAACGAUAGAUUACAAUCAAUAUUUUAGUGUUGUAUAGUCACUUAUAAGAACAAGCUCAGAUGAUCCAUGUACUUACAAGUUCAUAAAAUGUAAAAAAAAAAAAAAGUAAUUGCUUUCAGUUAUUCAAUCAUCUGUAAAAGCAAAAUUUGAACCCUCAAGAAAUGUAAGAAAUAGUAUAUGCAUUUUAAGGUUUAUAGCUACUAAGCACAUCUUAAUUCUGGUGUGUUUCUGAGAAAGCAAUGCAAGUACUUCUCAGAAAAAAAGUUAAAUUGAGAAGAAUGUAUUAUAUCAUGUAUUAUGGAUUUACAUGUAUGAAGUUUCCAUUACAGAUUGAAUAUUAUUACACUUUUUUAUUAUGUACAGAAGAUAUCAUUGCUCAUUGCUUUCCAUAUUUCAGUUCAAUGGCACAGAUAGAAACAAUUGCCUUUGUAUCAGUAUUAAAAUGUCUUCUUUGAUGUAUGCAUCCUGAUUUCUGGUUUCAAGUGCCAUACUGCAAACAUCAUUUAUUAUUUCGUUAUUUCCUUUUCAGCCUUUAUUUUAUGCUGCUUACUCAAUAGUAGUGUUAUUUCCAAAACUCAAGAAAACUUCCUUAUUACUCAAAUAUAUAGACUCCAUA